UGCUCGCUCUCCGCGAUGCUUUUCCACGGCGUGCCCGGCGCCGACAUGCGCGGGGUCGUGGAGGAGAUGGAGCGCAGGGGCAAGAGCGACUCGGCGCCCAUCAGCUCCGCCAUUGACAUGGGGGAAACAGAGACGAGCGCGCCGUCCAUGAGCGGCGAGCGCGUAGCGUUGUGUGCGGGCUGCGGCGGCCGGAUCUCUGACCGUUACUACCUGCUGGCCGUGGACAAGCAGUGGCACAUGCGCUGCCUCAAGUGCUGCGAGUGCAAACUCAACCUGGAGUCUGAGCUCACCUGCUUCAGCAAGGACGGCAGCAUCUACUGCAAAGAGGACUAUUACAGGAGGUUCUCGGUGCAGAGAUGCGCGCGCUGCCACCUGGGCAUCUCGGCCUCGGAGAUGGUGAUGCGCGCGAGGGACUUGGUGUACCACUUGAACUGUUUCACGUGCACGACGUGCAGCAAGAUGCUGACCACCGGCGACCACUUCGGCAUGAAGGACAGCCUGGUGUACUGUCGCCUGCACUUCGAGACGCUCGUGCAGGGCGACUACGGCGCGCCGUUCGGUCACGCGGACGUGGCGCACGGCAAAGGCGCGGUGCCCGCGGGCCCGCUGGGACUGGCCUACUACAACGGAGUGGGCACUGUGCAGAAGGGCCGGCCGAGGAAGAGGAAGAGCCCAGGACCAGGGGCCGACCUGGCGGCCUACAACGCAGCACUGAGCUGUAAUGAGAAUGAUGGGGAUCCCAUGGACAGAGACUCUCAGUACAGUUCUGGCCAGAAGACCAAGCGCAUGAGGACCUCCUUCAAGCACCACCAGCUCAGAACCAUGAAGUCCUAUUUCGCCAUCAACCACAACCCUGAUGCCAAGGACUUGAAACAGCUGGCCCAGAAAACAGGUCUUACCAAGCGUGUACUUCAGGUCUGGUUCCAGAAUGCCAGGGCCAAGUUCCGGCGGAACCUCUUGCGACAGGAGAACACAGGUGUAGACAAGGCCUCGGACGGGUCCACCUUGCCUGGAGGGACCCCUUCCGGGCCGGCAUCAGAGAUUUCCAACGCCUCCAUGAGCCCGUCGAGCACUCCCACCACACUGACAGACCUUACCAACCCCACCAUGCCCACCGUCACCUCCGUACUGACCUCUGUGCCUGGCAGCCUGGACGUCCACGAGUGCCGGAGCCCUUCGCAGACCACCCUCACCAGCCUCUUCUGAUGCUCGUUCGACCAGGCCCUUGGUGACCGUCACAGUUAGCGCCCUAAAACCGCAGAGCACGUGGACGUUACAGACUGCCCAUCUUUUUCGGUCACUGAAGAGCCCAGUUUAUUUGCUGUUCUAAGUUGUGGGAGAACCGCCACCUUGUGUUGAGAUCAUACCCAUAAGUGGGUACAGGCAUCAUCCUAGCACUGAUACCAAUGCUUGUAAAAACAGUCAUAUCAGGCAGCUGUAAUGUACAGCUGGUCCACUUGCACAAAAAAAAACCUCAACAAACUGCGACAUGCAACAGUCACAGACCUCCCCAGUCCUAGAUGGGCAUCUUUUCAAUAGGUAACGAAGCCCAAAACUUGUGGUCAGUCCAACCAUAAACCAGAGACGAUAAAAAGAACUUCUGAAGGACAGAAAAUAGGGGGACAAGACAAAAAAAGAAAGAAAGAAAAAAAAAGAGAACUGUGCUAAAAAGAAAAAGCUUUUGUUUGACCAUGAGCCUCUUUUAGAGUAUUGCGUACAGGCGGGCAUGCCUCACUGAAGGAUCUGUUGAUGUUUUUAUUUUUUUUGUUGUUGUUGUUGUUUUUUUGUCUUUGAAGGAAGAAUUGAGGAGACUUGAUUUGCAUUUUUAUUUUCAGUCCCCCCCCACCCCCCAAACUAUGUUUACAGCGCGAGACUGAGGAGAGAAGCGCUCUCAGCUUAUGGGAAUUCAUCCUCACUUCAACCUAUUAUUUAUGUAACUGCACCAGGGGUCAAUGUGAGGAAACUGGAUUAUAAUGUGAAUAAUUGUGAGAUGAAAAGCGAAAACACAGCGCAACUUAGCCUGACUGUCACGUGCCUUAUCCUGUGAUUUAGUCACCGACAACCGAUCCCCACCUUUUUUUUGUUGUCAUUGCUGAUGAACUGCUUUUCGAAUAUGUGUACUUUAGCCCGCUGAAGAAAAAGAAAAACAAUGGUUUAGUAGCCGUGCACACAUUUAAACACAGAUACAUGCUCUCUCUCUCUCUCUCUCUCUCUCUCUCUCUCUCUCUCUCUCUUUCUCAGACAAUAAAAAAACAUGCAUCAGACUCACAUAAUCUUACUUCAACCUCUUACCUCACUCAACAUCCACUGGAUAUAAUAGCAGUACAGGUGAAACCUGAUUAACGGAUACUUCAACACAAAGAUAAUAAAUGCACUGAAGACGACACACAGUCAGGUGGCUGUUUGUACCAGUUGGAGAAAGACAGUGUAAACACGGCAAACAAAUUCAGAUCACCGAUAACAGAUAACACACUGCUCCAUUGUUCACGUUCAGUCUUGAUGAUGAUUUUCCUUUUGCGACCAUUGCGAUGUGACAGUGUUGGGAACAGGGUACAUGUUUCCAUGGUUACGGGAGGCUGCUUGUUGAGAAAUGCUGUACAGUUUGAGACGUUUCAUGCGCACUCCUCACAGUAUCCCCUUUGAUGUAAAUCU